AUGGUGUACGAUCCGAAUUUGGGUUAUGAUCCGGAGGAGUGGGAGGUGUGUCCACCACCUGACCACUUUCUGGCGUUCGGCUGGUUCACUCGGAUUUGUUUGGCCGCUGGCGCCGUCGUCUUCGCCUUUUUGUUUUUUUACUGUUUAGAACAGAGGAAACGAUGGAGCGCCGAAGAACGGCGAGCCAGUUUGGCCAGCGUUAAAGUAAGGGCGGUGAUUUAUAACGGGUUUUAGGGGGUGUUGACAGGUUUUUCUUUCAUUUAUUGGCUGUUGUUGCAAGAAAACGCAAUUUGUAUGAUUAUCAUAAUACACAGUAGUAGACAAUUUACUAUGAUAACCUACUGUAAACACAAGAAAAUUAAAAAAUAUCAUUACAUUAUCACAUAUAUGAUCACUGCCCGUUGUUUACCACAUACAAAAUCCAUCCUUAUCAAUGCAAUUUCAGCCAGACCCAGAAACCCUAGAACGGCUAGAAAAGCUUGUCCAAGAGCAACAAUACCAUCAAAACGGUCAUGAAGCCUCGCCUUCGAGCGGUCUUCGCCGACGCCAAAAACGUCUAUCAGAACAAGACCUUCAAGCUCUAGACGACUGGGAGAACGAACGUCAACGACUCGAACAGAAAAAGCUGGAAGAACUGGCACUUCACGACAAAAGAGGUAAUGGAACGCCAAAGACUCCGCCUUCAUCACCACCCAACAUCGAACCGGUCGAUUAUCAAAAAUUGGCCGCGGAUUUGGAGAAACGAUUGUUGGAUGAGAUCAGGAACAUUGAUGAACCCACAAACUCGUUGGAACUUCAUCAACGAUUGAAGGAGAAACAUGAACCUGAAGUUAGACGUGCGGAACAGAGCUUGGCCAACAAUGAGGCCGAGGAGUUGAGGAAGUCGUUUACUAAAACGUUGGACAAUGCUAUCGAACAGUACAAUAGGUAAGAUUGAUUUGGACGAUGAUAAUAUAAAAUAGCUUUAAUUUAGGUCCAAGUAGCUUUGUCUUGAGUUCCAGUAAAAAUCAGUUUUAGGUCCCACCACGAAAACGAAUAAAAGUCAUUUUUUCAUCUUUACUCCUUACUUUAUUUGUGAUUUUUUGUGUAUUCCAACAUAUAAUAGUUGAUCUACAUACCAAUUGUUAUAUAUUAGGUCGUUCAAAUAAUUCUGUGCCACCUCUCAAAGCAAAGUUUCGGGGUUAGGAGCACAAAAUUAUUUAAACAACCAAAUAGUAUUAUAAAAAUAUAACUUUUUUAUAUUUUGAUUACUAUAUUCAUCAUCCCUUCAGGAAUCUGAAUGAGCAAGUCUUCGGAAAUGACAGUGAUUUCGAGCAGCCUUACAAAGACUCUCCCUACUUUGUUCCGAGUGAAUCAGACGACGCUGAACAUGCUCAUUCUUUCGUUUUUGAAUCUCCGAAUGCGGCCUUGAACCAGCUUGGAAUGAGUAUUCCUGAUCAGGGUCAAGCACAACAACAAGGCAAAGUGCCAAGCUUCCAGCAAGUUCAGGAUCAACCUUAUCAACAGGGUCCGCCUGGCGCACCUUAUCAGCAAGGCCAGUCAGGUCAGCCAGGUCAAGGACAAUUCAGCCAAGCCGGAUCCCAAGGUACCCCAGUAGCUCAACAUCAGCCUCUAGAAGCCCAAAAGAAGUCAUCCUCAAGUUCAGAUGAAGGAUUUGUCAAAGUCUACAACCCAAAACCUGAAGACCUGUUAAAGAACAUUGAGCAACAUCGUGCUCAAAUCGACAACAACAACCGUGCUGCCGAACAACAACGUAUUCAAGCUCAAAUGCCUGACUUCAGAUACCCUGGAGAUGACAGACAAGGUGAGCAACGACCAGACAGUUAUUAUGAACAGCCAGAAAUGGUCGAGUUUGUGGAUCAACCUCAGACUGUUUAUCAAGGUGAUCCUUAUCAACAAGGGCAACAAGGUCAAUAUCCACAACAAGGUCACCAAGACCCGUACCAACAAGUUCAACAAGGUCGUCGUGGUUCAAAAGGACAAGUUCAGCCUGGAGAAGCUCAAGAUGCUUAUGGUCAACAAGGACCUCAAGGUCAACAACAAACACAAGCUCCUGGCCAACAAGGUCAAGACCAAUAUCAAUCCCAAAAAGGACAACAACUACCCUACGUUCCCCAAAGUCCAACAAAGAAGUUCCACGAGCAAUCUUCGCUGGACUACCUAGAGGAACUUCACGAUCAUUUACUAGGCGAAGCUCCACUGAAUUAUCCCGGACCUCAGGGACAAACUGUUCAACGACCACGAUCUCAACAACGUGACGAUGCCCUCAGCCCGCAGGAGCUUCAAUAUCUGGCCGAGAAUCCGCAAGUUCAACCAGCUCAAGUACAACGAGCUUUGGAGGAAGCGCGACAAGAAAACUCACCGUUUGUUGUUGUUGAACAUGACGGUGAAGUCGACCUUUACCCUAGUGAUGAACAUAAAAUUGUGAAGAGGACUGGAGCUAUUUCAGAAGGAGGUCAGCCAGCUUUUGAUGGACAGAUAGGUCAAGAACAACAAGGCUACCCAGGUCAAGAUCAAGCUCAGCCUCAAUAUCCAGCUCAACAAGACCAAGCUCAACGAGGGCAAAAGGUUGAACAAGGUCAACUGACUCGCAGAAGACCAAGUCAGACCGAUUUACCUGAUCCAUACGACAACUUAAAAGCUCAACAACAAUACCCCGGUCAACAAGACCAACCACAAAAGCCGGGACAACAACACUAUCAAGAUCAACAACAAUACCCACAACAAGAACAACAAUAUCAAGGACAACCCGGUCAAGCUGAUAAAAUCAUUUCCCCUUCAAAAUCCGAACCCCAUGAACUUCACCAUAAACUAGAAGCUCAACAACAUGCUCAGAGUCAACAGGUGGAACCAGCGAAAGAUCUGGAUUCGACUGCAGAAGCUCACUUGGCUGAACUUUUACAAGAAUAUGACGUUCCUGUAGAACAGCUGAAGCGACGAGAACAACGAGAACAUGUUCCAUCUCCCGAGGCUAAUGUUUUGAAGAUGAAACUUCAUGAACAAGGUAACAUUCAAGGCCUUGAACAAUAUAAUUUCUCGUUCUUUUAGCCCAAACAUGAAUAAUGUUCUUUUCAACACUCAUUUUUUGACCUUUUCUUCAUUUUUAACCUAGACGAUACCUCGAAAAACCUUAACAAUAUAAAGAAUAAGAAAUAGCCUACCUUUGUUGAUGUUUUACAUGUUUUAGGAGUCAGUCCAGGCCAAGGAACUCCAAUCCAUCAAAGACGAUUGUCCAAACAAAGUGCUGUUGAUCAUAGAUCGGCUACACAACCUCCAAAUGAUGCAGAUAACUAUGGACUCCAAUUUGGUGAGCAUUUCAUACAUUUUUUCCAAUUUUAGAAAAACAAAUUAUUAGACAUGAGAAACGGGCCGGGCCGGCCUUGAGCAAAAUUCCGAUCGGGCCGGGUCUGAAAAAUGAGCCAAGCCCGGCCCGUUUCCACGUAAAAAAAAAUUUAGGCCCGGGCCUACCAUCGGGCCGGGCCGGCCCUGAGCAAAAUUUCGAUCGGGCCGUGCCUGAAAAUUGGGCCCGGCCCGGCCCGUUUCUCAUGUCUACAAAUUAUUGUUCUGAGUCUAGUUUUCUUCUUAUUUCUAAAUAUGCGUGUCAAGUUUUUCUUUUUAUAUUCACCUCGGUUUUUUUUCAACUUUAACGAUGUAAAACAUCAAUUUCGAUAAUUUAAAACUUGUGAAAGGUAGUUUAGUUUAUUGUUAAGUUAAUUUUAAACUAUUUUUCAGAAUCCAAGAAGCGGGAGACAUCAGAACAGCCGUCCAGACAAGAUCAACAAGGUCAGAAGCGCGCGAAAACUGUCGAUGGCCAUGAAGACGAUCCUCGACGUCAAGUUGAAGCUGAUAUUUAUUUACAAGAUGCAAUGGAGUAUGUGGAUACCCACAAGAACUACUUACCAUCAACCAGCGGCUUUGUGAUUGAGGAAGACAUGUUGGAGAGUGAUAAACAACCAUAUAAGACACAGAAUGCGAGUGCUGAUCCGACGAGCCGACAGGUACCGACUCAUGAAGUUUUUGAAAAGCACGAAAUGGUCUUUGAUGACGCCGACGAUGCUGUUACGUAUGCUCCGGAAAUUCAAUCGGUCGAGAUUCCUCCAGAUCAGAUCAGUCAAGCUUCUUCUCAGUUUGCCGAGCUGCCAGAUGACAGAGAGAUUGUUGAGCAUUUGAAACAAGCGAAGGAAGCUUCUGCUCCUCAUUUUGUUACAAAUGAUCAGCAGGACAAUCUUAUUCAUAGGUAGAUUUUUGGGUUUAAAGUUGAAUAUUAUUAUUUUUUGUGCAAGAAUAAUAUUGUUCAACUUUUCAUCAAUGUAGUUUAGAGUUUUUUCGUGAUUUUUGGACUUUUUUAAAGUUCAAAAGAUUGAAAUUUAGUAUUUUAGUUAUCUUUUAAGUUCUUAGACAUUAAAAAGUUAAAAUAAGAUUUUAUAAUCUUAUACUUUCAGGAAUUCCCCGAAGAACUUCUCAGGCCCAGCACCGGUUGGAGCAGCUCCAGCCUUCAGUGUUAAAAUCGAAACUGACAACGUUUCUGUUUCCUCUCGUUCUUCUCGAUCUCUCUACAAACAAAGCUCUCUAUUAUCAGCUCUAGGCGUUACUUCAAUGCAGGAAAUGUUACUAGAACUAACCUCCUUCGAACAAUUGAGUGAAGCCAUGAGGAAAGCCGGCCUAGAAAGAGUGAAUCUUAUCUUUGGCGUCGAUUACACUGCUUCAAACAAAUAUCAAGGUGAAAACUCGUUUGACGGUAGAAGUUUACAUUACCUGGGCGAAUCGUAUGUUGUCAAUCCGUAUCAGAAGGUGAUUAUGACGUUGGGACGGGCUUUGGUGCCAUUUGCUGCUCAAAAUGGCAUACCUGUUUAUGGAUUUGGUGAUAACACUUGUGGUGAUUGGGGCGUUUUCCCGUUGAAUGGUACUAAUGGGAUUUGCAAGGGUUUGGACGAUGUUUUGAGGUAAAAAAGGGUUUAUUUUAGCUAUAUUUUUAGUUGUUUUGAGGUGAUAAAAGAUAAUUUAGGUAGUUUUGACAAUAAUUUUUGGUUUUUGAUUAAAAAAGCUAAAUUUAGAGCAUUUUCGUCUUAAUGUGGGUAAUAUUGAAUGUCUAUUAUAUUGAAAAAUGUUGUAGUUGACAUCAGUUUUAAAAAUCAGUUUAAUAUACUUUGCUUUACAGAACUUACAAUGAGGUAACGCCAACAAUUGGUCUUAGUGGUCCAACAAACUUUGCGCCACUUAUUUAUCAGGCGAUUCAAAUAUGCCAACGGGUACAAGAUGUAAGUUUACAUUUAAUAGCGAAUUGUCGACAACGUAGGGCGGGGUAAAUUUUUUAAACGGCCUUUUGGGCGUGUAUUAGGUUGUUUAAAUAAUUAUGCACCCCCUGGCCCCGAAAAUUUGCUUUGAAAGGGGGCUCAGAAUUAUUUUAACAAAAUAUUAUUUUUAAUUCGUAUUUUAUGUUGUUCAAAUAAUUAUGAGCUUCUUACCCUAAAAGUUUGCUUUAAAAGGGGGUUCAGAACUUUUUGAACACCUUAAGAUUCGAAGUUCCUAUUUUACGUUUUUUCUUUGAAAAACCUAAAAUACGAAGACGAAAAUUUAAAAAAUAAUCGAAAAAAGCUAAAGCAACUAUUUUCAGUAUCACAUCCUGGUGAUAAUAGCUGAUGGCCAAGUGACGAACGAACGUGCCACUCGUAAAGCCAUCGUUCAGGCCUGUCAAUGGCCUUUGUCGAUUAUUGUGGUCGGUGUUGGCGAUGGACCGUGGGAAAUGAUGAGGGUGUUCGACGAAUCGCUACCUAAAAGGCCUUGGGACAACUUCCAUUUCGUCGAAUUUCACGAUUUGGUACGACCACAGUACGGCGAGCAGGGAGAGUUGGCGUUCGCUAUUCAUUCACUUUUGGAGGUAGGGUUUUUAUUAUUAAUAGUUUGUUUCGUAUUUUACAUUCGUAACAUUGUGGACUGUUAACUUUGAUGUAAGUUAACAGUCUACAACUUUGAAGGUAUAGAUUUAAAACUAUAAUAUUAGAUUGUUCAAAUAAUUGUGAGACUUUAAAGUUCGAAAAGUUGCUUAAUUUUGAGGCCUUAGAGGGCACAUAAUUAUUUGAACGACCUAAUGUUAUAUGUAAGUUCCGUAUUUUACCUUUACUUUAAAAAUUUACGUUUAAAGGUUCCGGACCAAUACCAUCACAUCACAAAACUGGGCAUGUUGCCAGCCCGGACUGCCACCGGCUCUCGCCGAAGCAGUUUUAAUCGAUGA